ACUGUCUUCGUAUCUCACAUCAACUCCGUUCUCGUGAAAGCCCUCAACUUCAUUCGGCUUCAAAUUGGCUCCUCUUUCUCAUAAAAUCUCACCUUCUUGUUCUUGUCUUUACUCGAGCACCCUCUCUAUCGAAAGUUCCUCGCAGGGUUGCGCAGCUUGUGCUAAGACCCUAGUAGCUCCCUCGUCAGAAUGAAUGUGCCACUGGGAUUGAGCCAGACCUUCAACGUCAAGGGAAAUAACCAAACCACCCAAGGUAUUCCCAUGGCCCUAGGGACAAGCCAGACGUUCAACGUCAGUGGAAUCAAUCAACUCAAUCAAGGUAUGCCCGUGGCCCUGCGGACCGACCAGAUGUUCAACGUCCAGGGAAUCAACCAACCCAACGAAGGUAUGGCCAUGGCUCUGCAGGCAAGGCUGGCCGCUGACGACAAUAGGAACACCAGCAUCACAGGUUGCUUGCGGAGAUGCAAGCUCUGUGCCAGAACACACCCUUGCUGAGCAAGAGGAUUGGUCAUGGGACAAUCUCCCCGACAUCUUGUAUCAACUCCAUCCCGUCGGGUCCAAGAGCAAGGCCAAGAUAGGGAAGAAAACAUAUCCGAUCAACGGAAAGUAC